AUGGCAAGAAGCAAAUCGAACAAAACCACUGAAAGUGGAGGCAAAAUAGAAAUAACAAAAACAGAGUUGGGAAUAGGAGCAAUCAGGGAGACAGAGACGAGCAGUCAGAGAGUGAGGGAGUUAGAGGAUCACAUUGCAUCACAGAAUGUGGUGAUUCAUUCACUGGUAGAGCAGAUUAAGCAGUUGCAGGGCAGUAAGCAAGUUAGAACUACUCCAAUUUAUUCACACGUGGAUGAAAUAGUCGAUUUACCGGGGAUAUCAAAGAAACUGAAGAAAGAGGAAAGCAAGGAAGAGAAAAUGAGCACAAAUUCAAGCAGCAACACGAAGAAUGAGGAAGCAAAGACACCAGUUCAAAACAAGGCAAAACGAAAGGGAACAAAGGCAGUGGAGGAGGAAGAGAAGAAGCCAACUCAAUUCGAAGAGUUGGGGAUACAGGAUAUCACUAAGGAAUUGACUGAGUGUUUUAGGGAGAAGACAAAGCGAACUGACUUUAAGGACUGUUGUCCAAUAGCAAGUUUCAUUGAAUACGCAGCAACAUCCUACGAGUUUAAGCUGGAAAACAGAAAGACACACACAAUCAAGAAUCCAAUGAGAAUGUACAUCGUAAGCAACUUGGAUGGAAUACUUUAUUACAUUAUGCAGAAUAUCAACAAACUGACACUCAAUGAAAUAUGUUCAACAAUAUUCUACAUAAACUGCGAAAUAGAACCAAAACAGAAGAUGGUGAUAGCCUUGGAUGUCAUAAUGUACCUGAAAGAGAGGAGCAAAAUGGUGUAUAUCAUCAGUGCACUAUACAACAACGUAUUCAACUCAAAAGUAGGAGAGGAAACCAUUUACAAGACAAUAUGCUCAAUAUGCUCAAUAUUACAGCAUCAGUAUUACAUUGAAACUGAGUUGUACAAGAAUACGCCUGUUAUGGCCUAUUUAAACAGCAUCAAGACCAAUUUUGGGGUAUUCAAGGCAUCUGAGAACUUGUACGAUCUGUUGGAUGAGUUAUUGAAAGAUGGACCUGAAAAGAGCGUACUGAAUUUCGAUAAGGGAAGGAUAAACAACAGUUGUGAAAUACGAGGAUGGUGCAUUAGAGCAAUUUGUCACGUCUUGGAUUGGGAUUAUACGCAUAAUACAGUACUUGUUGAGAAGCUUAAGUACAAGGAGAAUCCAUACCACACCCUAAUUGCAAUAUAUCUCGCAAUAGAUGCAUUUGAGAAGUUUGGAUACGAUGCGAGUGUCAGAACACUCACAACUGAGCUGAUAUUCGUCAUGAAUGGUACCAGUGAGAUAGCAUUACUCACAUACAUCUUCAUCAGGGAAAUUAAUACUGAGAAGGCAGAAGAGUACAUGGAGUUCUACAAGAGCAGAAUUGGACUGGAAAAGGUCUACAAACUGCAGAAAAUGUGCAUAUUCUAA